GUUUAGUGUAGUCUGAGUCGUGGUGAGGGUGAGAGGUGGCUUGGCAGGGAUGCGGCCAAGCGUCUUCACUUGUUACACUAUGAGGUGUGUGUGGCGGGGCUUGUUGCUCUCCUCGCUGCUAGCUGCUACCCUGGUUGAGUGCGGCCGCCAUCACCACCGUCACCGCCACCACCACGGCCGGCGUAUCCCCAUCAGCGACUCCUUGGAAGAGCAGUACGAGUCCUCCUUGGACUCGUUUGGCCCCAACACCCGGGGCAAGAGACAGUGGAGCCCUGAGGAGAAUGAAGUAGAGCAAGGGCCCUGGGGUGACUGGUCGGGCCCCUCUCCUUGUUCCAGGUCAUGUGGCGGCGGCGUAACCUUCCGCUCCAGGACCUGUACCGGCUCCAGCCCUCAAGACUGUACUGGCAAGUCCAAGAAAUACGAGUCCUGCAACGUAGAGUCAUGCCCGGAAGGAUCGACGGAUUUCCGGGCCGAGCAGUGCCAGAGAUACAACAGUGUUCCCUUUGAAGGAAAAUAUUACAGUUGGGUGCCAUACCUGGAUGAUCCUCAGAAGUGUGAACUCAACUGUCAGCCAGAGGGACAGAGCUGGGUACCCCAUCUAAAAGCACCACGGAAAUGUGAGUUGAACUGUCAACCAGAAGGUGAGAGGUUUUACUACCGUCAUGCGCUAAAGGUGGUAGACGGAACACCCUGUGACAGCGAAGGACGGGACAUCUGUGUGGAUGGGAGGUGUAUGCAAGUAGGAUGUGACCUAAUUUUGGGAUCAUCAAAUAAGGAGGACAAGUGCAGAGUUUGUAAUGGUGAUGGGUCAACAUGUAACACAAUCACAGGGGAUUUCAUGCAGAAGACACUAACUGUUGGAUAUAAUGAUAUUGUCCUAAUUCCUGCUGGUGCUACUAAUAUUUAUGUAGAAGAAGUGAGGGCCUCUAAUAAUUAUUUAGCUGUCAGAAACAUGACUGGCUUCUUUUUCCUUAAUGGAAAUUGGAGAAUUGAUUUCCCAAGAGCAAGGAAAUUUGCUGGCACCACCUUCCAUUAUGAAAGGAAAGCUGAUGGCGUUGGAAUCUUUGCUCCUGAGGUUCUGCGUGCUCUUGGACCAACAACAGAACCCCUCUUCAUUGUGCUAUUAUACCAAGAGAGUAACCCUGGGAUCACCUAUGAGUACAGCGUGCCAAUGGAAGUGACACAAGCUGAAGCUGAAAUAUAUGAAUGGAUCUUUGGAACAUAUGGGGAAUGUUCUGUGGAAUGUGGUGUUGGUCAUAUGACACGAAAUGUGAGUUGUGCAAGAAAUAGUGACUUCCAGCCUGUUGCUGAGUACCUAUGUGAUCCACGGCUUGAGCCAGAAGCAAACAAAACAUGUAAUGAACAUCCAUGCGAAGCAAAUUGGCAGGCUGAAGAAUGGACAACAUGUACAAGUUCUUGCGGAACUCCUGGAUGGCAGUUCCGUCAUGUGUACUGUGGCCAGAAAUUUGCAGAAGGGCGUCUAUCCAUUGUGAACGAUUCAGUGUGUGACAAUAUCCGUGGACCCAAACUACAGACUGUUCGAGAAUGUAAUAAGGAUUCUGUAUGUGCAUCUUGGCAUGUAGGAGAGUGGACACCAUGCAACAAGCUGUGCGGUGUUGGUCAACAGUACCGUAAAGUAAGGUGCCAUGUGAUAACAAAUGGUGAAAUUGAAGUCCUAGAUGAUGAGGCCUGUACAGAGGAGAAGCCCCAGACUGAAAUGCCCUGUGAAGGCAUUCCUUGCAGUGGUGUUGACUGGGUUGUCUCAGACUGGACAGGGUGUGGCAGCAGUUGUGGUUUGAAGAUGGAGUCCCGAACAGCAUUAUGUGUGAGCCAAAAGGGCAAAGUGGUGAAAGAUGAAUAUUGCUCAGCUUCACGUAUGCCACCAGUAUCCCGUAACUGUACUGAUGCUGCAGCAUGUGAAUUCCGAUGGUAUGCAUCUGAAUGGAGUGCAUGUUCUGCUAAUUGUGGAGAUGGCAUCAAAACUCGACAUGUGCUGUGUGGCAAAUGGGAGAACAAUGUUUUGACUCCUGUACCUGAAGUCAACUGUGAUGCUGAGAAGCGCUUCACUGACACUGAACCGUGUAAUGGAACACAAGUGGAUCAAAGCUGCAAGGGCAGCUGGUUUGAAGGCCCAUGGAGUCGAUGUGAUAGAGAGUGUGGAGGUGGUACUAAACAUCGUAAAAUUCUUUGCUAUGUAGGCAAGAAGCUUGCAACAGCUGUGCAGUGUGACAGCAAUAUCAUUCCCUAUUCCAUUGACUCCUGCAACAACAACCCUUGUGGUGAUGAUGAGGUGCUGGACGUGGGAGGCAGCGUUGAUGUAGAGAGCGAAGAUGAUGAGUCUUGGUGUGAUGGAGAUGAGGUGAGUAAUAUUUUGUAUUAUAGUGUAUGCACUCUUGGGAGCCCCUUGUGGUUCCCUGAAGCUAUUAUCUAUGAUGUAGGUGCCAUCAGUCGUAGAGUUCUCUGGCCUUCUGAGGACCCAGUGCCAGAACCUGGUUCCCUCAUAGAGGAUGUGGGUGAAGAAAGUUCCUCAACUGAGGAACUGGGAAGUGGAUCUUCAGAGGCUGUUUUAAGUGAAAAAACUUUCCUAGAAAAUCGUAAAAAACGAUCUCAAUCAGAGGUAACACUGAGUGACGAAGCUAUUGAUGAAGGCUCAGGCUUUGGUGCUUCAGGAUUUAGCUCCGGGUUUUCUGAGAUAUUUAAAACUCAGCUGGGUUCUGGCUUCUUUGGUUCUGGUGAAGAUGAAACAAGUUUUGAACCAGAUGAUGAUCUCACCACAGUUUCCUCAGAAACAACAAAAAAAACACUACCAGAUCCAAAGAAGAAAACCACAAAGAAACCUAAGAAGUGUAAGCAAAAGUCUGAACCAGAGAAGGAGGGGUGUAUGUAUACAGAGUUUGGUUGCUGUCAAGAUGGUAUGACUUCUGCUAGUGGACCCUUCCAGAAAGGCUGCCCACGCAUUGAGACUUGCAAAGACACGGUGCACGGCUGCUGUCCUGACGAUAUAACACCUGCUUAUGGGCCUGACAACAAGGGAUGCCCAGUUAUUUCUCUUUGUGAGAACUCUCUGUUUGGCUGUUGUGAAGAUGGGUUCACUGAGGCCACUGGUUCGAAUGGAGAGGGUUGUGAGGACCUCAUGCCUUUCAGCUGUGAGAAGACUGAAUUUGGUUGCUGCCCUGAUGGUGUAUCUCCAGCUACUGGGGAAGAUUUUGCAGGAUGUGAUGACUUUGAGUGUGAAGGAUCUGGACCUUGUGAAUCUUGUAAUAGCACAAAAUAUGGGUGCUGCCCUGAUGGUAUUUCUGCAGCUCAGGGACCUAACUCUGAAGGCUGUCCUGAGAUUUCUAUAUCAGAAAGUUCAGAAACAACAGAGACACCUGAAGCAACAACUAUAAUUAUGACAACCUCAACAACAACAGAACUUCCUCCUGACUGUGUUUACUCAACCUUCCACUGCUGCCCAGACAACUAUACUGCUGCUCAUGGGCCAAAUAAUGAAGGCUGUUGUCUUUCUUCAGCAUUUGGUUGUUGUCCAGAUCACAUUGCUGAUGCCCAGGGACCCAACUUCCAAGGUUGUGGGUGUGAGUUCAGUGCAUUUGGCUGCUGUCCAGACAAUGAAACAGUGGCAAGAGGACCAAACAAUGCCGGAUGUGGAUGCCAGUACACAGAAUAUGGCUGUUGUCCUGACAAGCAUACUCCUGCAGCUGGGAAAGAUUACAGUGGUUGCCCUUGUAAUACUUACACCUAUGGCUGUUGUCCAGAUGGUGUUAGUAUUGCUCAAGGUCCUGAUGCAGUGGGAUGUGGAUGCGAGUAUGAGAAGUUUGGAUGUUGUGCGGAUGGACGCACACCUGCCACUGGUCCUGAGCAGGAGGGAUGUGGCUGUGCAGCAUCAGAGUUUGGUUGCUGCCCAGAUGGUGUCAAACCUGCCACUGGAAAGUUCUUUGAUGGCUGUCAGGAUGAAGCUCCAAUCAUUCCCGGAGAGGUGUGUGGCUACGCAAAAGAACGAGGCCCCUGCAAAAACUUCACUGCCAAUUGGUACUUUGACAUUGAGUAUGGUGGUUGUACUCGCUUCUGGUAUGGUGGAUGUGAGGGAAACCUUAACAAUUUUAAUUCACAAGAAGAAUGCAAAUCUGCUUGCGUUGAACCUGAGGGAAUGGAAUCAUGUCAUCUUCCUCGCGUAGAAGGUCCUUGUACUGGAUCUGUCCCAGCUUGGUACCACGACUCUGCAACUAGCAGCUGUAAAUCUUUCAUGUAUGGAGGCUGCUUGGGUAACAAUAAUCGCUAUAAUUCUCAACAAGAGUGUGAGGAGAAAUGCAUCAUUCCAGAAAAAACAGACGUUUGUCUACUGGAGGUGACGCCUGGUCCCUGCCGUGGAAACUACUCCAGGUGGUACUAUGAGCAGACUAUGGGAACCUGCACCCAGUUUGCAUUUGGUGGCUGCAAGGGAAAUAACAACAACUUCCUCACUGAGAAUGAGUGCAUGCAACGCUGUAUCCGUGGUCGCUCCAAAGACCUGUGCACACUACCCAAGUCUUCGGGGCUUUGUGAUGAGACUCUUCCUCGCUGGUAUUAUGAUUACUCCGAGACCAGGUGCAUGCCUUUCUAUUACACGGGCUGUGAUGGAAAUUCCAACAGGUUUAUUACACGUGGAGAAUGUGAGGCCACAUGUCCAGGGGACAAACCAGAACCAGAGGAGGACGUUUGCUCUCUCCCCAGCUCUGCUGGUGAUUGUGACAACUUCGAGGAACGUUGGUUCUUUGAUAUGUCUGAUAACCAAUGUAAAUCUUUCGUGUUUGGUGGAUGUGGUGGUAAUUACAACAACUUUGGCACUUAUGACGAGUGUUUAAAAUAUUGUGGAAGUAAAAAGGAUAUUUCAACUGAAGAUGAAUUUAAACAAGAAUUCUGCUUCCUUGAAAAACACCAAGGCACAUGUGACAACUUGAAAGCAUAUUGGCAUUAUGAUAGCAACGAUGGUGUCUGUAAGCAGUUCUUGUAUGGAGGCUGUGAUGGUAAUGAAAAUCGCUUCUUAUCACGACAAGACUGUGAAAAUAAAUGUGGUGAAGCUCUUGAUGUCUGCCAGCUACCUCUAGUUAUUGGGCCAUGCAGUGGAAGUUUCCGUCAAUAUUACUAUGAUAGUUCUUCAGAUGAAUGUUAUGAAUUUGAUUAUGGAGGUUGUCAAGGAAACAAAAACAGAUUUGAUUCGGCACGUCUUUGCCAGCAAAGAUGCAAGAAAACUAUGGCAGUGCUAACUACAACACCUUCAUACACCUAUCCUGAGCAAGAUGGCACCGAACCUGAGGAACCUGAAAGCGACCUGCCAGAAUCAUGUACACAACCUAUGGAUAUUGGACACUGCCGAGCAUCAAUUCCAAAUUGGUACUUUGACCCUGAUCAAGGUCGUUGCAUUGGCUUUUCAUAUGGAGGAUGUGGAGGAAAUGCCAACCGAUUCCAGUCUGUUGAGCUUUGUGAGCGUCAGUGUGGCAGGUAUCGCAACCAAGAUGUGUGUAACUUGCCAUUAAGUGAAGGCCCUUGUGAUGGAUCAUUCCGUAAAUGGUAUCAUGAUCGCUAUCAUCGGCGAUGCAAGUCUUUCUUAUACAGUGGUUGUGAAGGCAAUGGAAAUCGCUUCUCAACAGAACAGGAGUGUGAAGCUGAAUGUGUCUACCAUGAUAUAAUUCUGCCAGAUGGCAAUAAUACUGAAGAAGCUAAUACAAUGAUAUGCGAGAUGGAUGUGGAUGCUGGGCCUUGCUUAGAUGGUUUCAAGCGAUGGCAUUUCAGCAAAGAGCAUGCCUCAUGUAUUGCAUUUAAAUAUGGCGGGUGUGGUGGAAAUCGAAAUCGCUUUAAGUUAUUUAACACUUGCAUCCAGUUCUGUGCUGCUGCCAUCACAAAGUACCGCAGAUUUGAUACUACAACAACUACUGACAUGUUGGCACCUUCAUUGGAGCCAUCAGGCAUCACACAACCUGAUACAAGAGACCAAUGUAGAGAAUCUGUGAUUGCCUGCCAGCUACUUCAGUGUCCAUAUGGAGUGCAGAAAAGAGUUGACUAUGAUGAAUGUGAAAGAUGUUCAUGUUAUGAUCCAUGUGACCAAGUUCGAUGUAGUAAUGGUACUCAGUGUGCAAUUGAUCUUAUUGCUGGUGGAGAGGGCUCUAGAAGAAAUAAUUACAUGGCUGUCUGUAGAAAAGUUAAUAAACCUGGGGAGUGUCCAAAGACAAGUGGAAGAACUUACCAGUGUGAGAAUGGUUGUGAGAAUGAUGCCAGUUGCUAUGGAGACCAGAAAUGUUGCUACACUGGAUGUGGCUACACAUGUGUAGCUCCUGUACAAGAUGAUCAGCAGCCUGCUUACUCCCCCCCUCCUGUGUUCACCACAAUACCAGCUGUUACAGGUCAAGCACCUCGCAUUGUGCAGUUUGAUACUAAAGUUAGCAGCGAAGAAAAUGAUGUAGUUGUGUUGAAAUGUGUGGCUGAAGGCUCCCCGACACCGACCAUCAUUUGGUACCGUGGUUCAUAUGCGACUGACAGCGAAGGUGGUUCUAGUAGAACCAGGGUGCUUUCAGAUGGGUCACUGCAGAUUGUCAAUACUGAGCAAGGUGAUGCGGGCAAUUAUACCUGUGAAGCUUCUAACGGUGUUGGUAGACCUGCUACAAAGACUUUGCAAUUAAAAAUUACUGAUCCAAAACCACGAGAAUCAGCUGUGGUGCCUUGGAACCGUGAAGCUCCUGUGGUCUCAUUGGGCAAUCCUACUGUACUAUAUUGCCGGGCUAUUGGCUGGCCAAAACCAUUUGUUACGUGGUGGCGAAGUGCUGACAUGUUGCCACUUUCCUCUCAACAAUAUGAACAAUUCCGAGAUGGCUCAUUAACCAUACGUGUAGUUAACCUGAGGAAUCUUGGUCCAUAUACAUGUCAAGUGUACAAUGGUUACGGUCGUGCCACUUCCCAGACAAUUGUAUUGCGGGCUCUUGGUCCUGUCCACAAUAAACCCAGUGCUGACCGUGAUUUCCUUCAGUAUAUAGUUGAUCCACCCAAAGCCCCACCCACCACAAAAUCACCUCCACCUGCUAUCCCUACAACCCAAUUCCCUGCUAUUCGUCCUGAUCAGCGACCUUAUUGGCCUGCACACAGGCCUCCACCACCACUCAAAAUUACCACUACCCCUCGACCAACAACUAGACCAUACAUAGUUCCACUUCGUGCAAUAAUUCGUCUCAAUACAACUGAGUUCACACCCUCAUCAACUAUACAUAUUCCCUGUGAGGUUAAAGGCUAUCCACUUCCAGUAACAACAUGGCAUAAGGGAGAGGACUUAAUAGAAGCCUCUGAAAAAUAUGAAAUAGAAGAUGAUAGAACUUUAAUAAUUAAGGAUGCUCAAACUGAUGACUCGGGGCGAUAUAAAUGCCAGGUUCAAAAUGAAUUUGGCAUUGCUGACAGCACCACUGUCAUCACUAUCAAAGGAACUUAUGUGCACCCCUCCUGCACAGACAACCCCUUCUUUGCAAAUUGCAAGUUGAUAGUUCGUGCUCGUUAUUGUACAAAUAAAUAUUAUGCCAGAUUCUGCUGCCGGUCCUGCACCUUGGCUGGGCAACUGCCAUUUGAGGGCCCUCAUCUACUAAGUUACCCACCGAGUAGCAAGAGAAGGAAGUGAAUAAGAAAUCCAUAGUUUUGUUAAUAGUAAAGCCAGAUAAAAUAUGGUUUCGUUAAUAGUAAAGCCAGAUAAGAUAUGGUUUUAUAAAUAUUAAAGCUGUCAACUGUCUUACAUGCCCAGGAUUUAUCACAUCCACUUUAAGAUUCAUUAAACACUAAUGUGAUAAAAUAAAAAAUGAAAACUAUUAAAAAUCCAUGGUAAUUAAGAAGUGGGUUUAUCAUCUUAUUUUUUUUUUUUUUUUUUUUUUUUUUUUUUUUUUUUUUUUAUACAAACUCUUCUCUUUUUUUUCUAACAGAUGCUUAUUCUUGGGGGUCUCGGUGUGGUGUUUUCAUUACUCGUAAAGCAGACCUCCUAAAUUUUAGGUGAAUAGUAUGUGUAUUUUCUUCAAGAAAUAUGAUACUGUGUAUCUCAUUUUUAACCUUGUCGCUGUUAUAGUUUUUGCCCAUCAAUCAUAACUGAAUUAGGUUUAUGAUGUACAUUACAUGCAUUAUUAUUAUUAUUUUUAUUAUUAUUAUUAUUAUUGAUUUUAUUAUUAUUGAUUUUAUUAUUAUUAGUAGUAGUAGUAUUUUUACAUUGAAAAGACAUUGGCACUUAACUUAUGAUCAUAAUAUAGAACUCCACUUGUGAUACACAUAUACAAAAAUGGAGGUUAUCUAUAAUAUGACAUCUGCUCCAACUCUUCCCUUGCUCUUGAAGAAAUAACCCAGUUUCGUUAUCCAAUUAGAGAAAGCUAGAGUUAAGAGUUUGAACACAUAGUGACAACUGUGACUAUGUAGUCCUCAGGCUUGUACAUAAUGCACAGACUUUAUACAUUAAUGUGAUGACACCAUGUUGGCUGUGAAGUUUUCUUCACUUUCCAACAAAUUUACAGUAUAUUUUAAGUUUUCAUUUUAUUUAAUUUUUAAUUAUUUUGCAAUAGGUCUCGUAUAUAUAAUCCUCUCUUUUUAUUCUUUAUCUUAAUAAAAUGUUUGGUCCAAAUUCUGGAAUAUCAUUUGAUUAUUUACUUUAAUAUUUAACAAAUUUGCAUAUGUCAUGUAGUUCAGUUUGAAUAAUAAUGAUAUUCUAGAUUAAAUUCCAUUAGUACAGUAUAUUGUAGAUAUUGAUAAUUUUUUAAGAUAUUUUAGUAGAGAAAUAGAAGAGCCCCAUUUAAGUUUUCAGCUUUUUACAGGUUUUAUUGAGUAAUUGUUCAAUGUGACUGGCAAGUUCAAGUGACAAUUAUCAGUUUGAAAAUUAAUGUGCUGCCUGUAUGGCCUAGAAUGAUGGUAUUGGUAAAUAUGUAUUUGUGGAAUAGUGACUGAAUUGAAAACUGUGAACUAUUAAGAAUCCCAUCUUUACAUGUCAAGAUUAUUUCUUAAAUUUACCAAACAUUAGGGAAUAUAUCUUCAUGAUAGUUAAUGAGUGCUAAAUGUUAAUUUAUGAACGUUACUAAUUUUGAGUAAGUAUACUAUAAUUCAGGGGUUAAGAGUGCCUUCUUAAGCCAUAUUUCAUGCAAGUGUUCUCUUGGUGUUCUUGCGAUGACUUUCUGUGAUGCCAGUUGAAGAUCACAUAAAUAAAAAUAACUAAAGCAAUAUGUCAUCCUAAUGCUUUUCUCGUUUUAAUAUUUUGGCACUAAAAGCUAAAACAUGAUCUAUGAUAGUCAUGGAGAUUCUUAAACAUGAAUCCUCACGAUAGACCGCACAUCACUGCCAGUGUGUUCAAGUUUUUGUAUAGGUUUUCUAGAUCCAGGUACUAAUAGUCAAAUGGUGCUCAUUUAACUAGUGUAUCCUAGUUAAAUGAGCAUCAUAUAUGUCAUUCAUAUAUAUAUAUAUAUAUAUAUAUAUAUAUAUAUAUAUAUAUAUAUAUAUAUAUAUAUAUAUAUAUAUAUAUAUAUAUAUAUAAUAUUAUACACAAAUAAACCAACUAUAAAAUUAAUUAUAUGAUAGUGCCAAAAUUGUGUGAUUUCACUGAAACUUUCAAAUGAAACUGUAAAUAAAUGACAAUAAAAAUUCAUAGUUUAUA